AUGGCAUCCCAGGAGGAAAUCCUGAGAGAUGAGCGGUUUAGCCGCAUUACCAGGGAUCCCAGAUUUUGGGAGAUGCCUGAGAAAGAACGUAAAGUCAAGAUUGACAAACGGUUCCGAGCUAUGUUUCAUGAUGAGAAGUUUAAACUGAAAUGCACCAUGGAUAAAAGAGGUCGCCCUGUUAGCUACACUUCUACAGAAAACCUGAGGAAACUUUAUGCCCUGUCAGAAUCUGACUCUGAUCUUUCAGAAAGUGAGAGUAAAGAAAAUUCUCAAAAGAAAAUAAAGAAGAAAAAAAAAGCCAAGCCUAAAAGAGAAGCAGGUUCUGCGAAACUCGUUGCUGAUGGUCUCCCUCAGGAGGAGAGCAAAAUAAAGAAACCAGGGGUGGACCAAACACAUGAAGCAGGGACAAAACUAGAUGGCCUUAAAAGUAAAGGACGAAAAGUUAAGUCUAAAGUCAACUGGAAAGAAGACUCUAAGAAAAGCCCAACAGAAAAUGAUUGCUCUGGGGGGAAUAAGGGUAUUGUAUGCCAAGAGGAGGAGGAGCAAGGAGAUGCAUCAGGAGGAAGGUCAGUUUCAACUCAAAACAAACAAAAGUCUUCACAACGAAGUGGUAGUAAACCAGUUAAAGCAUCCAGAAGGGACCAUUCCCUAGGAGGAAAAAUGAAAGAAUCAGUUGCUGUAUGCAGAGACACCUGUGAUCAAAAUGACAUUAGUAAAAGCUCAUUAGAGGAGGAAAUUCCUUCAAGUGGUGCUUCUGAGUAUGCAGAAUCUGAAGAGGAGGAGCCAGAAGAUCAUGAGGAAAUGAGUGAAGAAGAGGAUCUAGAAGAUGGUGAGGAAGAGGAGGCAGAAGAUGACGGGGAAACAGGUGAAGAAGAGAGCGGUGCAGAGGGUGAUGAAGACAGUGAUGAUGGGGUUGAUCUGGCUAGAGGCAUUGGGAACAUCGAGACGAGCUCGGAGGAUGAUGAGGAUUUGGAUGAUCUGUUCCCAAAGGAGCCAGAGAUUGAGCACUCCUGGCGUGAGCUGGAUAAAGAUGCUCCUCGGGCAGAUGAGAUUACAAGUAGGUUGGCAGUUUGUAAUAUGGAUUGGGAUAGACUGAAGGCUAAGGAUUUGCUGGCUCUGUUUAAUUCUUUCACACCCAAGGGAGGAGCAGUAUUUUCUGUUAAGAUUUAUCCUUCAGAGUUUGGAAAAGAGAGAUUGAAAGAGGAGGAGCAAAAAGGGCCCAUGGAACUAUUGGAUCUACCAGAGAACACCACAGAGAACGAUGGGAUUUAUAAGGAAAAACUACGUGAGUAUCAAUUUAAGCGACUGAAAUACUUCUAUGCAGUUGUGGAAUGUGAUUCUCCUGAAACAGCCAAUAAAAUCUAUGAGGAAUGUGAUGGACUGGAAUUUGAAAGUAGCUGCUCUUUUGUAGACCUCAGAUUUAUUCCAGAUAAUGUUACAUUUGAUGAUAAGCCAAAAGAUGUAGCCUCAGAAGUGAACAUAGCUGCAUAUAAGCCAAAGUACUUCACAUCUGCUGCUAUGGGAACAUCAAAGGUAUCUGUNNNNUGGGAUGAGACAGAUCAUGAGCGAGUAAUGUCACUUAACAGAACUUUUAAAAAAGAGGAACUUCUUGACAUGGAUUUUCAAGCUUAUUUGGCUUCAUCUAGUGAAGAAGAAGAAGAAGAGCAGCAAG